AUGGCUCCUCCGCAGCUGAGUAGCGAGACGAGCGUAAAGCAGAAGGAGGAGGCUGCGGGCGGCGGGAACUACACCCGCCGCUUCUUCACUUGGGAAGAGGUCGCGCUGCGCACGGGUCGGAUCCCGCCUUACGAGGAGCACUGGCUGGUGAUCGAUAGGAAGGUCUACGAUGUCAGCGGCUUCUACAAGCGGCACCCGGGAGGCGCCCGGGUGAUGAGGCAUUACGCCGGGCAGGACGCCACGGAUGCAUUCAUGGCAUUCCACCUUGAUAAAAAUCAAGUGAACAAGUACUUGAAGCCAUUGCUGAUUGGGGAGCUGGCACCAGAUCAACCUGACUCUGAACCCAACAAAAAUCAACUGACCAUAGAGGACUUCCGGAAGCUGCGAUCCACUGUUGAGGAGAUGGGACUUCUGAAGCCCAACAAUGUCUUCUUCUUUCUGGUUUUCCUUCAUAUUGUGCUACUGGAUGCUGGUGCCUGGUUGACCAUCUGGUACUUUGGAUCAUCUUUAGUACCAUUCUUCAUAGGUGUUGCAUUAUAUACUACUGCUCAGUGCCAAAUGAACUGGUUCCAACAUGAUUUAGGACACCUUUCUGUCUUUAGCAAAUCAAAAUGGAAUCACAUGCUACAUGAAGUUAUAAUGUGCUUAAUGAAAGGAUUAUCAGCAAAGUGGUGGAAUAAUCUGCAUUUCCAGCACCAUGCCAAGCCAAACUGCUUUCGUAAGGACCCUGAUCUCAACAUGCACCCCUUUCUUUUUGUUUUGGGAAACAAGCUGGCUGCAGAGCUUGGGAUGCAGAAAAAGAAGUUCAUGCCUUACAACCAUCAACACAAGUACUUUUUCAUUUCAGGUCCAGGUUUGCUGCUGCCUUUCUUUCAGUUCUCUGUAUUCUACUUCACAAUCAAGAAAAAAGAGUGGCUGGAAUUAACCUUACUGACAUCCUACUACAUCCGGAUUUCUCUCAUGUAUAUACCCAUUAUGGGAUUUAAGUGUUUUAUAAUGUACUACUUGCUGAUCAGGCUUUUUGAGAUCUGCUGUUUUACCUGGGUGUCACAAAUGAAUCACAUCCCAAUGCACAUUGACUAUGAUCAAAAUACAGACUGGGUGUCUGCACAACUCCAAGCAACCUGCAAUGUGGAUCAAUCCUUUUUCAAUGACUGGUUUACCGGCCAUCUGAACUUCCAGAUUGAACACCACCUUUUCCCCACAAUGCCUCGACACAAUUUUUGGAAAGUGGCUCCUCUGGUGAAAUCCCUCUGUGCCAAGCAUGGCAUUGCCUACCAAUGUAAAUCACUGCUGACUGCCUUUGGAGACAUUGUGCGCUCUCUGAAGGAUUCUGGGCAAACCUGGCAUGAUGCAUAUAUGCAUGGAUAAGAAGGAGAAAUUCUUGAAGAAUUGUUCCAUCAUUAGCCAUGAAAAUACAUCACAAUGGGGCAGUUGACAUGCUAAAGACGAAUUGGGGUCUGGUGGGUGAGUUGGACAGAUAUUAAUGAAACUGGGACAUUCUGAAAAAAAAUUUUUUUUCCUUUUGUGCUAGUUCUAUUGUUGCAUUCAUAAGAUAGGGUCAGCCUAAAUGCAAGAGAGGCAUGAGAAGGGAGGCACUUCUGCAAUGUUUCAUUUAUGAGGGCAUCUCACUUUGUUUGCA